AUGACCAAGGGCAAGGCACCCGCCACCAGCGUCUAUCCAUCUCCAGCAGACGAGAUCAACCACACAUUUCCUCCACACUCAUCACCAAUCUUCGAUGAUCAACAUGUCGCUUCGUCACUGCGCAGGGAGAAGAUCACAUUGCCACCCAUUAGCAGUCUUGUACAGCAAAUGCCAUCUCCAUCUUCAUCUCCACAGUUGCCCGUCGCACAUUACAGAAGUCCUACUGAUACCCUUUUGACGUCACCAAACAAGUUCAACAGAAGCCAUGAUGCUCCACUGUUCCCCGAUCAACCAACAACUACUGAUGAAAUUGCAAGACCGCAAUUUCUUUUUGGAAGCGCUACCCGCGCACUCCAACCUGUUGCCUUAUCCAAGCAAGACCAGCAGCGAUUCGCUCCCUCAGAGCAACACAAUUUUGAUGGGAUUACUGGACCGCAGCCACAUCUUAGCGGCAUUCCUCGACCUAUCCCAAUCGAGCCCUCUGUUCAGGUUGAACCCAGCCAGCGACCUCGCUCUCCAUAUGGUCCUGUGCAAAACGGUUCACACAGUCUGAACAGCGCUAAACAUGGUGCUUCUACCAGACGAUCAUAUCCACCUGGUAGGAAGCCAAAGCAGAGACAGACCGCAUUCGACAUCCAUAUGCGAAGACCAAUCUCUCCAGGCACUCCGAGAUACGGAAGGAAUGAUUUCUGGGCCAGGCAAAUCGCUGAUCCCGACACGUAUGUCACACCGAUCCGCAACGAAUGGGUCGAAAGGGCCGAAAUCUUCAAGGCUGCAAGAGCCACUCUACCUGAGCCUACUUUCCCAAUAGCAACACCUCCAGGUGUCCUCGCGGAUCUGGAGCGAAUCUCACCUUCCGACGCCGCCAUGUUUGUCAGAAACCACCAUGACAAGCGCAAAGUCGACAGUGGUGUCGAGAUGCCUCCGCCCAAGCGCACGAGGAAGACAUCUGCUAGCAAAGCACCUUUGAAGCCUUCGGUCUCACCUCGUGAGGUACCCCUGGAUGUGCCUGACAAGAAGUUCAGGCGCCGCACGAAUGACGCAAAUAAAUCAAAGGCACCAGCAGACAAAGUCGCACGCAACUUCUUGAUCUAUCCUGACUACUGCCCACCUACGUCGACAUUGGACAGCGACCAAGUAAACUUCCCGACCAUUGAGUGGAAGGCAACGCCACAAGAUGUGACCGAUCAUGAGGAUUGCCACCUCCUUCAUGCCAAGGAGAUUCCAAUCGUCUCGAAACUUGUUUUGACACCCUCAGAUUACAUCUACAUCAAGCGUCGCUUCUUUGCUCAUCGUCUUGCGUAUGCAAGAAAGGGUCAAUCUUUCAACAUCAACGCGGCUCAACUUGCUUGCAAAGGAGCGGAUGAGUACGGCAUAACCGGCAUCGAUGUCAACAAGACCAGCAGGCUGCACAAAGCUUUUGACAAGGUCGGUUGGCUUGAUGAGAAACACAUGCAGAAACACCUCUGA